UCAUUGGCCCGGACUCAGGCCCACCUCCAGCUUAUUGGUCCAGCCCUCGCACCCAAACCCAACCCACCCAGCCUAGGGCCUUCUCCCGGCUAGCUUCAGGUCCCUCCUCGUCUGGGCUCCACCCUCUCCCCGCCCACCCUUUAAGCCACGCCCCGGUCGUGCAACGCUUCUAGGCCAAAUUGGGUCCAAGUUUCGGGCUCGUAGGCCGCAUUGCUCCGCCCCUUCGCUCUAGGCUCCGCCCAUUUCACCCAGGUACUCCGCCGUACCCCGCUCGUUAGUCCCCAUGUCAAUCUCCCCCUACACUUCAGAUCCCCACCCACCGGCGCGGGGAGUCCUACUAGACCCGCCCCCUUCUUAAGCCCCGCCCAAGCCUGCCUAGGCCCCGCCCGCAAUUCGCAUCCCAUCUUGCCAAGGCCCCUCCCCAGCCACCGAAGCCCGGUCCUCACAUCCCUGCACCCCAUCCAGUUCCCUGUCGCCGUCGCACCCAGGUGUUUACCUGGCCCUAGGUGAGUCGUGUGCCCUGGCGGUUUCGGUCUAAGCCUCCCGCCUCUUCUCCGGGAGGGUUCCUCAAGCCCGGAAGACACGGAGGGGCCCCAGACCAAAGGCGGUGGGCUCCCCAGCCCGGGUCCCGCCUCGGUGAGGCUGCUCGCGCCCCCCGCCCACACCCCCGAAGGCAGCGCCGAAGUGGUCCCGGGUCGCGGCGACAUGCCCGAGCUGGUGGUGACAGCGCUACUGGCGCCGUCGCGCCUCAGUCUGAAGCUGCUGCGCGCCUUCAUGUGGAGCCUCGUGUUCUCCGCGGCGCUGGUGGCCGCCGCGGUCUAUGGCUGCAUCGCGUUCACACACGUGCUGUGCCGGCCCCGACGCGGCUGCUGCGGGCGCCCCCGGAGCGCCCCACCCGCCUGUGUGAGCGACCCCACGCUGGGCGAACACUGCUUCCUGACCCUCAAGAGCUCGGGCCUGCGCCUGCACUAUGUCUCCGCCGGACGUGGCAAUGGGCCCCUCAUGCUGUUUCUGCACGGCUUCCCAGAGAACUGGUUCUCCUGGCGCUACCAGCUUUGGGAAUUCCAGAGCCGCUUCCACGUGGUGGCUGUGGACCUACGGGGAUACGGCCCCUCAGAUGCCCCUCGGGAUGUAGACUGCUACACCAUGGACCUGCUGAUGACAGACAUCCAGGAUAUCAUCCUGGGCCUGGGUUAUUCUAGGUGUAUCCUGGUGGCCCAUGACUGGGGUGCACUCAUCGCCUGGAAUUUCUCCAUCUACUACCCAUCCCUGGUCGAGCGGAUGGUAAUUGUCAGUGCUGCCCCCAUGUCCGUGUACCAAGACUACUCUAUACACCACAUCGGCCAGUUCUUCCGUUCCAACUACAUUUUCCUGUUCCAGCUUCCCUGGCUGCCUGAGAAAUUACUGUCCAUGUCUGACUUCCAGAUCCUGAAGGCCACCCUCACACACCGCAAGAGAGGCAUCCCACACUUAACCCCCAACGAGCUUGAGGCCUUCCUUUAUGACUUCUCACAGCCCGGUGGUCUCACUGGGCCCCUCAACUAUUACCGAAACCUCUUCAGGAACUUCCCCCUGGAGCCCCAGGAGCUUGCCACCCCCACUCUGCUGCUGUGGGGAGAGAAGGACACCUACUUCGAGCAGGGGCUGGUGGGAGCCAUCAGCAGUCGCUUUGUGCCCGGCCGGCUGGAGGCCCAUAUCCUGCCAGGCGUGGGGCACUGGAUCCCACAGAGCAACCCUGGGGAGAUGCAUGAGUACAUGUGGGCCUUCUUGCAAGACCUGCUGGACUAGUGGCUCUCGCUCACUGGCCUGUGUGCACCUAGGAGACCCCACAGUGCGUGUACAUGGGUGGACUCCUGGAUUGUGCACGGGCGUGGAACUUGAGGUUGCACCCAAGGGUGUCUGCGGAGGCCCUCAGGCACACCAGCCCAUGGGCUCGCACACAGGUGUGCGUGUGUGCACAGGUGAACAAGCGCCUCGAUCCUGGAGAACCAGGGGCAGCUCUCCUCGUGGAGCUAGAUGUGGAGCGUCCUAUCUCUCCCCAACCCCAGGGCCUCACUGUUCUCCCCAGCGUCGGCCAUCGGAGCAGCACCAGACACAGACUCUGACCUUCCUGUCCCUGGCUUUCCCCUGCAGUCUGAGUCUUCAGCUAAAUGCUGCUGUGUGCGAUAGGAUGCUGGCAGCCACAUCUGGCUGCUUCGGUUCACAUGCAAAGUAACUAAAAGAAAAUCAAUUAAAAAUUCAGUUCCCCAGU